CGUCAAUGAACUUGCCGUGGAGCACGCAGACUGUCGUCCUCGUCGGCGUGCUGUCGGCGGUCUUGCCCGUUAUUUAUCGUAUAGUGAAUUCUCCUUUGACGUUGCUCUUAAUUUCUCCUUUCAUCGUUUUCUUCCUUGGACUUUCUUUUCUAGCUCUCCAUAUCUUCCUUGGCCAUAUCCUGGACGCUCAUAAACCUAUCUCCCACAACAAACUCGCCAAUGCAGCCAGACCACUCGCUUUCUCAUCACCUGCAGCAUGGCAGGCUGUCCUUACACGCUCGCAAUGGUCACAGAAUACCCCUCAGUCGCUACCUCCUCUAGUGCCAGACUCACCAAUGGUGUCCUCAGCCAUCAACGAUAUCCUUAUAAUGAUGGUCAGAGACUUCGUUCUGACGUGGUACAGAGAGAUAUCGUCCUCGCCCUCGUUUCCGGUGGCCGUAUCAUCCGUAUUGCACGAUUCACUCUCGACACUUCUGAAUCGAGCAGCUGGCAUCGACUUGUCGGCUCUUGUUGUCAAACGGAUUCUCCCCAAGAUAACCGAACACAUUGAACUGUUCCGCCAGUCUGAAGUGGCCCUUCGAGGCGCCGGCCUCGAACGCAGGUUAACGCAAUCCGAAGAGCUAGACCUUCUUCUCGCUAGUAAAUAUGCUUCCGGGAGAGACACUGCCAAGCUUCAUCCUGCUAUUGAAAAUCUCUCCACAAGCUUUACACGACAAACUGAAGAGCUACAUCUUCGACAGCUCAUUGAUAAAGCAUUACCGUUUAUUUUGCCUGAGAAGGAAAGGAAGAGCAAGGCGUUGAAGAUUGUGGUUAGAGAGAUUGUUGCUUGUGCGGUGCUUUAUCCGGUGAUGGAGAUGGUCUCCGACCCAGAUACAUGGAAUAAAGCUAUUGAUCAAGUUGCGGGGGCAGCCAUUCAUCAACAGAAACUAAUCACGAAAGUUCGAAACGUUCUAGAAGCUCAAUCCCCCCUAGCCAAUAGGUUAUCAACAACAUUACCUACCGCUGGUACCAGUGCUACCGAAACCAUCACAAUCCGCACAGAUAUCCGACAAUUUGAGUCGUUCCUUCGAAGUAUUAACCGAUGCUCGUCUCUUCUGGAUGCUCGGCGGUUGAAGAAUGACGUCUCCGGUGAAAUUCGGAGGACCAGGCUGCUGCUUGCGAAUCACGAAAAGGAGGAUUGGAUCAACGGCGAACGCACCGAGGACGUUGUUGCCUUUCUUGAUAGACUCUACAAAGCGAAGCGCAUGGUCGAAGAUAGAAUUGUAGAAUUGGGUGGAGAACAGAGACAAGCAUCGACUGACGACAGCUCUGGCCCUCAGAAGUCGGGAAUCGCUUUGCGCGACGUCCUCCGAAAUCCCACCUCUCUCUCCUACUUCAUGGAGUUCAUGGACCGCCGCAAUCGGUCCCUCCUUGUGCAGUUCUGGCUGACAGUAGAAACGUUCAAAGACCCGCUCGAGUCUAUAGAUUCAGGUUCUGAUGACGACGAAGAGGAGACUAUUCAGACCGCCACGACCAUCAAAGAAGAUGUUUCCAUGAUUCAUGAUCUAUACUUCUCUAUGACGCCACAUCCUGUUCUCUCAUGUAUACCCAUGAAAUACGUCGACUCCAUCCGUCAAUUCGCACGUUCUGCUACGGAGCCAUCUCACGUUGAUCAAAGACGUGUACGGAAAAGUGUGUUACUUGCGCAACGGCAGGUCGAAAGGAGUAUGGAACAGGAUUUUGAAGAGUUUGGGAGCUCUGAACUUUGGUUCCGCGUCAUCGAAGAUGGCGAUUUCAGAGGCAGAAAAGAACCUUCACCCAUGGUGGCUGCGGUUCAUACUCCACCAAACCUUGUAACUUCGCCAAAAAUGCACAACCUCCCUCGGUCGGAAUCUGCAACUGGUCCGAUACGCCGAACUGGUAGCUCAGGCUCCGGGCAGUCCUCCAAGUCUGUCGUACACAGAAAUCCUCCGACGAAUAUUGAAGUACUUAUGUCACCCGUUAUGGACGAGUCUUCUUCUUCACCCGACAGGGCACCACUCUUUGAUGAUCCAGAUGAUCGUGCUCAGCGAGCAGAGGAGCGACGAAUGGAGGCGAUCCAGGCGGCCUUGACGGAUAUUAUUGCAUUGGACGAUAGUCCACCAUCCAAAUCCUCUUCUGAUGAUGAUCGCCUCUCCAUGUUUUUGGCUCCUCGUCCAUCCAAUGAUAGGCGAGAAGUUUCCACGUCCAACGGAGGCGGGGAAGAUGAUGACGAGGCUGAAGAUGACAAUCGGGAAGGCGACGAGGGAGAAAGUUCCUUUCAUCUUGCUGGACCUGGUGAUCUCCAACUUGCUUAUGAGAUCACACGCUUGGCCGAUAAAAUCGUGAAUUUGGAAGCUCAGGAAACUAUGUUGAAUAAUCUGAUUAAGAAGGCGGAGUUGACUGGGGACACACAAGAGCUCAGACUUCUCAAUAGGUCGAAGUCGUCGAUGAAUCGAGAACUUAGACAUCUCAGAUUCCAAAAACUUCAGUAUGAGCAACAGGAAUCUGCAAACCAGCUCCUUUCAGAUCGGACGAAAGUAUCUAUUGUCAGUUCAACUACAGCAGAGGAAGACGGGAAGUCUGUUGUCCGAUAUUUGGUGGAAGUGCAGCAACUCGCCUCCGACGGCAGUUUUGCAUCUGGAUGGGUAGUUGCUCGGAGGUAUAACGAAUUUUUCAACAUGCACACGAAGCUUCGCGAUAAGUAUGGUCUGGUGAGGAAUCUCGAAUUUCCUGGGAAGAGACUGGUUACUGCCCUCUCUGGUAGCUUUGUUGAUACCAGGCGAGCAGCGUUGGAGAAAUACCUGCAGAACAUUAUUGCCAUCCCGAUUGUUUGCGAAAGCAGCGAACUCCGGGGAUUUCUCUCAAGGGAGUCACCUUUCGUUGUUGGAGACGAUCCUUCGACUGCACUUAAAAGCGCCCCCGUGUUCUCCGGAUCUGACCUCGUCCGGAACAUGUAUCGUUCUGUCACGGAGAGCAUUGACGACAUGUUCUUUGGCCCGUCAAUGUUGGACGUUAUGAUACAAAGGUUAACUCGACAGGCCGCUGAACUUGCUGGUAUCGUUGGAUCGGGUGUUAAUGACGAAGAUCUCGUUUCACAAGCUCUUCAGUCUUCAGGAAGAGCGGCAUCGGAAGCAGCUUUGAUGCAACUUCCUGGGGAUCUGAAACCGUUGGGCGGGGAGUCGAGCACGUCGUCGUUCACUGCACCGAUCUGUGAUUUGCUUCUCGCGAUAUUCGAGCUCAAUAAAAAGAAUAAUUGGCUCAGGAGACAGGCGAUCGUUAUCAUUCUUCAAGAAGUGUUGGGUGGAACUAUUGAGAGGAAAAUUCGCGAGACGGUCAAAUCUAUGCUGGAGGAAGCUCGUCUAAUUAUGUUCAUUAAAUUAUUCCGAGACGCUCUUUGGCCAGGUGGAAAGCUUAAACCUCCUGAUGUACCCCGCACGGCUGAAGAGAAGCUGAAGACACGGGAUGAUGCGAACCGUAAAUUAUCUUCACUGGUACCGGAAUUGGCUGCCAAUAUGAUCGGACGGUCUAAUGCAAGACGAGGAGCUCGAAGAAUCUUUGCCGUCCUCCAAAACCGGAGGCUGAACCAGCAUAUCGUUUACACUAUUGUUGAUGAGGUUUUUGCGGCAAUAUUCCCCGAGUCCGACUCGAAUUCAAGUACGACAUCAUAAUAUAUAACGCCUUCGAAUGACACUUUCAUGUAACAGCACAUGAAGAUAUCCCC